CUCACACACAGAACAGCUUCUCACCACAGCAGGAAGUUUACUCUCCUAUUUGGUUGUGGGAGCACAAUUCUGACAAUAAUUUCAAAAACAUCGACGGAGCGAAGUUUCUCCAGAAUUCCUUUUAAAUUGAAAUUGUUUUCCAUGGGGAGAAUGUACCGAAUUUGGAUCAUCCUUUAUGCACUGCUCGAUGGUGCAAAAGGCUUUGUUAUCAAGAAUGCUCACCAUAGGCUGUGCUUGCAAGCUGUCUCUGAGUACGACAGCCUAGUAUUAGUGGAAUGCGAUUUGAACUCCAGCUUUCAGCAAUGGUUUUGGAGAGACAGCCUCCUCUUAGUCAGCAUGGCUACAGGGAAGUGUCUCUCAGCCCCCAAGGCAGAUUCUGUGCAGACCGCUGCCUGUGAAAAUGAAGCUCACCUCCAGUGGGACUGCCACAACAUGAGACUUAUCUCCAAGGCAAAUUCAUACUAUCUGACAGCCAACGAGAGCAAGGUUGCCAUCCUCUCCAGCAAGAGGAGCAGUAAUUCAAAGUGGAGGGGUUCCACUGGGGGCGUUGACAUCUGCAAGGAGAGACUGGAACCACACAGAGCAACAAGAAAAGCAGAUGGUUCUAAAACGGCUCAGCCAGACCCAGCUUCACAUGCUGGUGAAACGCAGACAGAGGGAAUGACUGACGCGCAAAGGGAAAAGUUACUGUGGUUCUACCGUACUGAGGACCCGUCUCCAUGGAAGUAUGCCAUCUUGGCUUUGUCAUUUGUGGCACUUCUGUUCGGCUUGUUUAUCUUGGGACUCAGCUCAAUGGCAAUGAAAAACAGGAAGGUUAUGGCACAAUACAAGGCAGCAUCGAAAGCAAACAACCCCCUGGAGAUGGAACGCAUGCUGGAGCAGGAGAAACAAACACAUGACCCUUUCAGUCACAAACUACCGUCAAAGACUGCUGCGUCCGACUCCCUUAAAACAGGCAACAUCACGAUCCAGUGGAAGGACGGGACCGUGUCCACACUCUUCCAAGACCAUUGCGAGGAGAACGUGUAG